AUGACUUAUGGUGAUUUUCCUUUCACACCAUUUAUAGUACCAGAAACUAGAGACCAGCCAGCAGGUACAAAAAUGGAUGGGUCAGUGUUUCGGCAGGUGCAGUCACCUGACAGCAUUGUACAAAACUUGCCCGACAACUCUCCUAGACUUCGUUCUCAACGUAAUUUGUCUGUGAUGCUGCCUGCAAGUCGUGGCACACCUCACCAGCCAACAGUGUUCAUGAACACAAGCUCAGUGAGCCUCACAGAAGAGUACAGAGUGCCCAGCCUGCCCAGUGAGCCUCUGCCACGUCACCUGACUCGCCGGCAGCAACCCUCCAUGUCAACGCGCCCGACUCCUCAGCAGCGGGCAUCACAUGAGCCACAAAACGAGGGCCUCUCCCCUAAAGAUAUACUAGCCAAGACAAUGGCCAAAGUCUGGUUUGAAAGAAAUGCUGAAAAAGCUCAUGCUACACUUAAGAGCGCGCAAAUGGCAGCUCGCAUGAAAGAGUUGAGGAAACAACUUGAUUAUAUUGAUGACACAGAAUGGUAUUAUACGCCAAUAGAUGAACUGAUUGGUCAGUACUAAUGCUGUGAAUGUUUAAAUUAGCAUCUUUUAUGUCAUUUACUACACGUCAUUGAAUUUGUUUGGUGAAUGUAGUUUCAUAUAAAAUUUGUAAAUAAAACAUUUUCCUUGGAGUGUCUCUAAGAUUAAUUUCUCUUUGCACAUAUUGUCAAAAGUAGUUGAAAGGAUAUUGAAUUUGUAACUGUUGCCAUAGUUUAUUAUGUUCACAUUAUUUGCUUAUCUCUGACCAGGUUGUUUAAGUGCGAAUUUCAGUAAAUCUUAUGCGUACAAAACAAGCUGCUGCCAAUAUUCACUAAGGCAGCAGCCAGAGAUAGCGAUCACCACAGACAGCAAUAACAACAUAAGAAGCAGCUACUUACGGGCAUUCUGCUUGACGGCAUAGGUUCUUACAUGGAAAUUCUAUAUUCUAAGUAUUAUAUCCUGAUCAUUCUUUUGAGACGGUUAGCCAGUAAAAUACUUUGAGAUGAACUUUUGAGAGCAACUUGAAUUGUUCUGAAAUUCAUAUAGGAUACAUAAUUUGCUAACAUUUUUUAACAGAAUCACUUCCAGAAAACUUCCACGCACUAUAAUGAUACUGGCCUACUGCUUCUCAUGUAGCAAUACUCAAUUAUUUUGAAUAAUAAGUCUGCUUUUUGCUGUGGAAUCUUUGCAACUUUUUCGUCACAUUUAGUUUAACAGUAAAUUGAAAUAAAUAAAUGAAUGAAUCUUUUGCUUACCUAACUAAAGUGCAUUGAUAUGCGUGAAAUGCACAUAUAUGGUGGCGUCUUUAUUUACUGUGAGGUGUAUAACACUUGGUAUAAUCUGUGACAUUAAGAGAUAAAUUUUAUGCUCGUGAGUGAACGCAUUAUAUGUGUAUUAUUACCAUGCUAUCUAGGUUUCAUUUGAAUAGAUUAAUUUUAUCCAUUUAUCCCAGCCUAUCACUAAUUUUUAUAUGUACGAUAAGACAGGCAUCGGUUUGUUGAUAAAAUUUAUAGAUAUGGAGAGUGGUUUGGAUACUCAACAUUAAUAAGUGUUUUGAGGAAAAGUUGCGAACAAAUGUUGUGAUGACCUGGUCGAAUUUAGUAGAGCAGGAAAUGCAGCUCAUGUUGAAAUUUUUAAACCAAUUUGCAAUAAGUGUAACCAACCCGUAUGUAUGUGAUCAUUCAAUCGUUAGCUUGCUCAUAUAGACGAGGUUUUUGCGUUCAUGUUGUGAUGCGUCUAAAAGUGUUGAGUUCUAUUCAGCCAUCGCUGUGUGAGGUUAAAGCUCUUGUCCUCUAAAAGAUUAUCUUUACUGUAUAGCUAACUAAGGAUUCCUGAGAUAUUUGGAGUAUCGUCAAUUUCAUGCCAGUGUGCUGCUGCUAUGUACUGCCUAAGUAUUAGGUCGCCGAGUGUAUGAGGUUGCAGGUAAAUUCGUUAUGGAUUCUUGGACAGGAACUAAAAAGUUUCGUGGUUCAAUGCACCAUGACACUGGAUGAUGGCACUGAUGUUAUCGAUAAUCUGUAACUCUGUCAUUGAUUUAAAAUAUAUUAAUACAAUUUCUAGUGAUAUGCUUCGUUUAUUUACGGCACGAAUUCGCGAUUUUUAAUAUUAUCCCGAGACUAGCAAUUUAAAGGAAAUAAUGUCCAGAAAGUAAUCAAGUGUUGAUUAAUAUAAAAAGGGAUUAACUCGUUGACUAUGCGCAGGUAAAUAUUGAAUCAUUUGUUGCUCUGAUCCCAAGUAAACGUAAUGAUGGCUCAUA